CUGGAGAUUUUGUGCUGCUGUUCUCUGAAUCUUGAGUCCAGAUGAAAACUUCAUGGAUCAAACUAUUGACAGAUUUGGUACCACUUCCCACUCUAAGUGAAAGCUGCAAGAGAUAGAGGGCUUACUGUGGUUGUCUUUUGGGGUGAAAACUUUACUGAAACAGGAAGGAAUGUAACGGAACUAGACUGGGGUGAACACUGGUGGCCAGUUUGUUCAAAUGGAAAAUCUACAUGAAAUAAAAGUAUAAAUCGGUUGCACAUUAUGGAGGAGCGAGUCUGUCCUCUGGAGAUAGAGGUGUCAGGGUUCCAAUGUGGGUUGAUGAGGACACUGUAUGAACUGUGGCGACAAGGUCAGCUGUGUGAUGCUGUAAUACAUACAGGCAAUGGCAGUAUAGAGGCUCAUAGAGCAGUGUUAUGUGCUGCAAGUCCAUACAUACACAAUAUAGAGAUGAGUGACAGACAGCAGUAUAGAGUGUCACACUAUCACCUACCAGUAGGCUGUCUGGAGGAUGUUACUGUCAUACUCAGAUUGUUUUACACAGGAAAGUUUGCUGUUUCACCAGAAAAUGUUGAGAACAUCAUGCAGCUCUGUAUGUUUCUACAAGUUGGCGAGGCAGUGGAAGUAUGUCAGAGAUUCUUCAAUGGAUGGCAUUCUCACAAAGAACAAACUGUUACAAAUCUACAGAAAAGUUUAUUUUCACAAGAGGAUGAACUUAGUGUAAGAGAUGGAUCAUUGAUGGGAACUAUUCCAGUAGGUAUUGGUAUUCCAGGCUACCCCCAACUUCCUAAUGAAUGUCAAGAUAAUGGCUCUGUUAGAGAAAACUUCAGUCAAGAUCAACUUAACAUACACCCAGAACAACACCUCUUACAUCUUGAAGGAAAUCAAGGGGAGACAAUGAAUAUGAAGGAUGUACAUGAUGGUCAAAAAUGUGUAACCCAGGAAAAUCAUACUUCAGCUAUAAAUGACAGUUCUUUUCAUAAAGGUCAAAGUUCAGUUGCUGCUGUUUCUCCCCCAGAGUUAACAGUUCUUGGAGAAGUUCAGAGGUCAAAACAUGGUGCAUCUCUUAGUGGUCCAGGAUCAAUGAAAAUUCCAGAUGAUCAUGUUGAGGAUGCUAAACAAUUGUCUCCCAGCUGUCCGUUAACCAGUGAUAUUGACAAUUUGUCAAAUUCGUCCUCUAUAUAUACUCACGGGUCUGUCAAUUCUGUUGUAAAUGAAGAAGUGACAGAGAAAGAUACAACAGAUACAACAGGAAGUUCUCAAUCAUCACACAAUAUUGAUGUAUUACCGCCAGGUUUAAGUUGUGAAGUAGCAAAGUCUGACUGUAAAUUUAAUUCAGAUCACCUUACGUCACACCACCGCUCUGAAGAUUGCAAUGAUGCAGUUCAAAAUAAAAACUGUUUCACCCAUUCAAAGUCAUCAAUGCUUGGCACCUCAGCUUAUACAAAUGAAGAGCAAAGAAGUUCUCUAGAAGUUAAAGAAGACAAAAAGGGGAACCUUUGUUCUAAUUCUAGAAAAAAUAUCAACAAAAUAAAAGUGCAAAAGAUAGCUGAAAGUGAAACAAAGCGCUCAUGUUCACUUCGCUCUAAUUCAAGAACUAAAUCUGUAGUGGAAAUUUCAAAAAACAGCAAAUAUAUAAGAAUACGUAAAGAAGAAUUCUCUGUGGAUAAAAAGAACCAAGAUAAAUGUGACCCUAGCAAACACAAAACAAAACAUUUAAAAUUGUAUAACACUGCACAAGUAGCAACUAGAGCUAAGAUGAAGAGGGGCAGCAAGACCCCCAGGGAGCAGGAUCAGAAAAGGUGGACAUGUGCCUUUUGUAAGUUAGUGUUUAAUUCAAAGUGGGAACGUGCCAAACACAGGCAUCAGAUCCACAAACCUGACAGUUAUAAAUGUGCUGUCUGUAAAGCAGUCUUCUCCUCACCGUCUCAACUCAAGGCUCACAAAGAGCAAGACCACCCCGAGAGGAUCAGAUGUUUUAAGUGUGAGGAUCGCCCAACUUUCUCUACUGUCAGUGAGCUGGAGAAUCAUCGUAGGAACCAACAUGUCAAAGAUCAGACCAUUAGAUGUAGAAUAUGCAGGGAAAUAUUUGAAACAAGAGAAGCUAAAAAUGACCAUGUUAAAACUGUCCAUCCAUCUGGGAAGAACUGUCCUGAGUGUAAUACAAAGUUUGAUAACUGGAAGCAUCUAGUGGAUCACCGUAACCACAAACAUAAUGUCCCAUUUGAAGCCAAUAAGUAUGAAAUAUUUCCCUGUGAGAUAGAGAACUGUGACUACCAGACAGUGGACAAAUACCGGUUUCUGUGCCACAAGCGUGACGUCCAUUGUGGUGAUCGUACCCAUACUUGCCAUAUAUGUAACUCGACUUUUAAGAGCCAGCGUGCCCUGAAGUCUCACCAGGAGGUACACCUGGACCGUGAUCAGAGGAAUGGCUCUCAGUGUGACCAAUGUGGCAAGAAGUUUCUCUCUGUUGCCUACCUCAAGACUCACAUUGACACCAUGCAUAGUACAGAGAAGAAACCGAUAAAGAAGCAGUACCUCUGUCACCUGUGUCCUAACAGCUUCAGGGACAAACACUUCUUCCACAGUCACAUGCUGCGAGCACACGAGGUGGCGCCCCCUGCUGACCUCAAACUACACAGAUGUACACACUGUGAUUUUUUCACAGUUCAGAAGUCACAUUUGAGGAAACAUAUGAGGCACCAUUCUACAGGAGCUAAAGAAUAUGAGUGUAACUCUUGUGGAAAGAAGUUUCUCACAGAAGAUUGUCUAGGACGACAUAUACAAAGACAUCAAAUGAAGGAUGAGUUCUGUCCUAUACCAGGAUGUGGCUAUUCCACCAAGUACAAAAGUAAUCUGAAGAACCACAUAGCCCGUAUACACACACAGAAGGAUCUGAAACCAUUCCUUUGUCCGUAUUGUGACUACAGAUGUAAGGAGAAGGGUAAUCUUAACAAACACAUCACAGGUAAACACAAGAUGGAGGUGGUCACAGUGGCCAAACUCAGGAAAAAUGCCAUCAAAACAGGCACAGGCUACCCUAACUUUGUCACAAUGUCUAACACUGCUUCAGCCUACUCGGACGAGGAAAAUGUGGCAACCCCAGUGAACCUUGGGCCGAAUGUGUCGUCUUCCUGUCAUCAGUACCAAAUGGACUAUGGUAUGCAGGUCUAUAAUGGUUCCGUGUAACACAGAGGUGACAAGUCUAGUCUUCAGUAACUAAUUUGUCUUGGGGGCUGUCUUGAAAAUCGACAUUAGUCUAUUUCAAUUCAAUUUGGCCUUGUAGUUCAACAUAUUUGAAUUUUACCCCCAAUUCAGAUUUAUAUUCCAACUUGUACAACCCUGCACCUAUGGGGAUUCCCCAGGGGCUUCGGGUAUCACUAUGGAUUGGAAAUUACCAAGUUAAUUCCCAAUGUAACUUAAGGAAUAAUCCUACAAAGUAGCCCCUAAGAAUGCCAAAGAGUGUUGAUAUAUGAAAGUUGGGUUGUUCAAUAAAUGUAACUUUAUCUCUAAUGUGACUUGUGUUAUUGUAGAACAUUUAAAUUUUGUGUUAAUUCAAGUUUAUACAAGCACAUGUCCUCUACAAUCUUGAGUUUCUUUAACUCCAAAUCCAACUGUCAAAUUAUAAUAAACAAUGUAUGUUGUUGUUAUGAGGUCCUAUGGGGCCUAUGAUGCAUCUGUCAUAUAUCUCGGAGCCUGUCAUUUAUAUGCCUCCUGCGAUAUAUCCACAUACUGUGUAUUUAGUACCAUGACUCUAAACAAAUGGUGACAAUAUGACAAGGUUUUACUCGCGAUGUUUAUCUCAGGAAUAGUAUGUGUGCAUGUCUAGUCAGAUUCCUUGUGUCAAAGCCUUAUAUAACCGACCACUGUGAAGUUACCUGGGGUAUCAGACCUUGUAAGGAGUUGAUAUUUUAUUUUGGUGCUAUACAGCUUAUUGUUAUUUGAACUGUUAGUUAUAUGUAAACAGAUUACAUGUCAUGAUGUGCAUUUAUUUCUGUUUAUUGCUUUUACACACAGUUCUUACAGAAUUACACAAAAUAACAUUUUGUUUCAUGGAGUAAUAAAUCAUGAGCACUUGAAUUACAAAGCCUUUUUACAGCUUGAUAAUUUUGGAUAGUAAUUGUUGUGUUUGUAAAACUCUAUGCAGUGUGUAAAAGGAUACAUUAAAUGGCUAUUGUAUUUGUAUGCGAUUCACAUUAAUUUUGUUUGUUUUGAAAUUAUUUUGAAUAAUUUUUUCUGACAGUUAUGAAUUUUUUUUUUCUGAGCUAUUUUAGAAGUCAUUUAUCUUCACAAAUUUAUGUGCUUUAUAUUUAGUUGAUGACUUUACCUGAUAUACAAAUGUACUACUAUGUUUUGAUAUACAAAUGUACUAGUAUGUUUUGAUAUACAAAUGUACUAGUAUAUUUUGAUAUACAAAUGUACUAGUAUAUUUUGAUAUACAAAUGUACUACUAUGUUUUGAUAUGCAAAUGUACUAGUAUGUUUUGAUAUACAAAUGUACUAGUAUGUUUUGAUAUACAAAUGUACUAGUAUGUUUUGAUAUACAAAUGUACUAGUAUGUUUUGAUAUACAAAUGUACUAGACUAUGUUUUGAUAUACAAAUGUACUAGUAUGUUUUGAUAUACAAAUGUACUAGUAUGUUUUGAUAUACAAAUGUACUAGUAUGUUUUGAUAUACAAAUGUAUUAGGAUGUUUUGAUAUACAAAUGUACUAGGAUGUUUAACCAUAACAUUGUAACAGGAGAGACGACUUGUCAUACAUAUAUAUGCCAAACUUUGCCUUUGUUACAGAUACUUUGAAUAAAAGGUGUAAACUAUAAA